AUGGUGAGCGGGGUUGAGCACUCAGGACGCGAAGAAAUUGAGAACUUGUCUCGAAAUUGUCAUCUUUUAAAGUUUAUUGAAGCGUUUAAAGAGAAAUGUCCCUUCAGUAUUGAGUGUGGUCUUCGGCUAGCAGAGAAAUCCCAGACUGCAGUGGUCAGACACUUUGGCUUGCAAAUACUGGAACAUGUGUUCAAGUUUCAGUGGAAUAACAUGUCACUGCACGAAAAGGUCCAGUUGAAAAACUGCACAAUGGGAUUGGUAUCAAACGGUGUGCAUCCGAUUUUGGAGGAGGAAUGUCACAUUAAGGAUGCCCUUUCACGAAUAGUAGUUGAGAUGAUUAAAAGAGAGUGGCCACAGCAAUGGCCUGAAAUGCUCACGGAGAUGGUGGAGCUGACCGCUUUGGGGGUAUCUCAAGGGGUUUUAGUCACAUGGAUGAUGAUGUAGUUGUAGCACAGGAUUGUUAAAGUCCCACUGUGGUGAAGUUUUUAUUGUUGUUUAUAUCCCUACUGCAAAAAUCCCGCUAAGACCAGCAUAAGCUGGAUUUUUCAGUAGGCUAUGUAGUGUUUUUAAUAUGCUUAAUUUGUCAUUCAACACCAUCGCUGAGUAUUUUAUUCAUAAUAUUUGCGUUUUCUAAAGACAUUAUUUUUCAUGGUUUGGAAUCGCAUUGGUUUGCUACAUCACAAUCAUAGAUAUAUACACUAGAACAGGGGUUCCCAAACUUUAUUUCCUGCGCACCCCCUUCUAUGUCCCAACCGGGCUGGCGCACCCCCAAUCCCCACUUAAAAAAAAAAAAACACUAAAAAGAUUUGUUUUUAAAGACUCAUGUUGAAUCAUGCGCAAAUAACCAGGGGCCGGUUGCAACAGCUAAGAAGUUGGGUGUUAGUCCUACGUCGAGCUUAGCUACGUCUGACAUUGUGAAAAAUAUUUACGCGUGUUGCACCAUCUGAAACUACGACCAGACACAGCUUCGCUCAGCGUAGAUUAUGCGCGCCCCGUGUAUGCAUUUAACCACUGUGAUAUUUAGAUGCCAUUCGAGCA